AUGCUUCCUCUGCUUGCGCUUCCUCUGCUUGUGCUUCCUUUGCUUGUGCUUCCUCUAAUUGUGCUUCCUCUGCUUGUGCUUCCUCUGCAUGUGCUUCCUCUGCUUGCGCUUCUUCUGCUUGUGCUUCCUCUGCCUGUGCUUCCUCUGCUUGUGCUUCCUCUGCUUGCGAUUCGUCUGCUUGUGCUUCCUCUGCUUGCGCUUCCUCUGCUUGCGCUUCCUCUACUUGUGCUUCCUCUGCUUGUGCUUCCUCUGCUUGCACUUUCUCUGCUUGUGCUUCCUCUGCUUGCGCUUCCUCUGCUUGUGCUUCCUCUACUUGGGCUCUUGUGCUUGUGCUUCCACUGCUUGUGCUUCCUCUGCUUGCGCUUCCUGUGCUUGUGCUUCCUCUGCUUCUGCUUCCUCUGCUUGCACUUCCUCUGCUUGUGCUUCCUCUGCUUGCGCUCCUCUGCUUGUGCUUCCUCUACUUGUGCUUCCUCUGUUUGCGCUUCCUCUAGUUGUGCUUCCGCUGCUUGUGCUUCCUCUGCUUGUGCUUUCUCUGCUUGCUCUUCCUUUGCUUGCGCUUCCUCUACUUGCGCUUCCUCUGCUUGGGCUCCUCUGCUUGUGCUUCCUCUGCUUGUGCUUCCUCUGCUUGCGCUUCUUCUGCUUGUGCUUCCUCUGCUUGUGCUUCCUCUGCUUGCGCUUCCUCUGCUUGCGCUUCCUCUGCUUGCGCUUCCUCUGCUUGCGCUUCCUCUGCUUGUUCUUCCUCUGCUUGCGCUUCCUCUGCUUGCACUUCCUCUGCUUGUGCUCCUCUGCUUGCGCUUCCUCUGCUUGCGCUUCCUAUGCUUGCGCUUCCUCUUCUUGCGCUUCCUCUGCUUACGCUUCCUUUGCUUGUGCUUCCUCCGCUUGCUCUUCCUUUGCUUACGCUUCCUCUGCUUGCGCUCCUCUGCUUGUGCUUUCUCUGCUUGUGCUUCCUCUGCUUGCGCUUCCUCUGCUUGUGCUUCCUCUGCUUAUGCUCCUCUGCUUGCGCUUCCUCUGCUUGCGCUUCCUAUGCUUGCGCUUCCUCUUCUUGCGCUUCCUCUGCUUACGCUUCCUCUGCUUGUGCUUCCUCUGCUUGCUCUUCCUUUGCUUACGCUUCCUCUGCUUGCGCUCCUCUGCUUGUGCUUGAUCUGCUUGUGCUUCCUCUGCUUGCGCUUCCUCUGCUUGUGCUUCCUCUGCUUGUGCUUUCUCUGCUUGCUCUUCCUCUGCUUGCGCUUCCUCUGCAGGCGCUUCCUCUACUUCGGCUCCUCUGCUUGUGCUUCCUGUGCUUGUGCUUCCUCUGCUUGCGCUUCCUUUGCUUGUGCUUCCUCUGCUUGUGCUUCCUCUGCUUGCGCUUCCUCUGCUUGCGCUUCCUUUGCUUGCGCUUCCUCUGCUUGCGCUUCCUCUGCUUGUUCUUCCUCUGCUUGCGCUUCCUCUGCUUGCACUUCCUCUGCUUGUGCUCCUCUGCUUGCGCUUCCUCUGCUUGCGCUUCCUAUGCUUGCGCUUCCUCUUCUUGCGCUUCCUCUGCUUACGCUUCCUCUGCUUGUGCUUCCUCUGCUUGCUCUUCCUUUGCCUUGUGCUUCCUCUGCUUGCGCUUCCUCUGCUUGUGCUUCCUCUGCUUACGCUUCCUCUGCUUGCGCUUCCUGUGCUUGCGCUUUCUCUGCUUGGGCUCCUUUGCUUGUGCUUCCUCUGCUUGUGCUUCCUCUGCUUGCGCUUUCUCUGCUUGUGCUUCAUGUGCUUGUGCUUCCUCUGCUUGCGCUUCCUCUGCGUUUGCUUCCUCUGCUUGGGCUUCCUCUGCUUGCGCUUCUUCUGCUUGUGGUUCCUCUGCUUGUGCUUCCUCUGCUUGUGCUUCCUCUACUUGCACUUCCUCUGCUUGUGCUCUUUGGUUGUGCUUCCUCUACUUGUGCUUCCUCUGCUUGCGCUUCCUCUAGUUGUGCUUCCGCUGCUUGUGCUUCCUCUGCUUGUGCUUUCUCUGCUUGCUCUUCCUCUGCUUGCGCUUCCUCUGCUUGCGCUUCCUCUGCUUGGGCUCCUCUGCUUGUGCUUCCUCUGCUUAUGCUUCCUCUGCUUGCGCUUCCUCUGCUUGUGCUUCCUCUGCUUGUGCUUCCUCUGCUUGCGCUUCCUCUGCUUGCGCUUCCUCUGCUUGCGCUUCCUCUGCUUGCGCUUCCUCUGCUUGUUCUUCCUCUGCUUGCGCUUCCUCUGCUUGCACUUCCUCUGCUUGUGCUCCUCUGCUUGCGCUUCCUCUGCUUGCGCUUCCUAUGCUUGCGCUUCCUCUUCUUGCGCUUCCUCUGCUUACGCUUCCUCUGCUUGUGCUUCCUCUGCUUGCUCUUCCUUUGCUUACGCUUCCUCUGCUUGCGCUCCUCUGCUUGCGCUUACUCUGCUUGUGCUUCCUCUACUUGCGCUUCCUCUGCUUGUGCUUCCUUUGCUUGCGCUUCCUCUGCUUGCGCUCCUCUUCUUGUGCUUCCUCUGCUUGCGCUUCCUCUGCUUGCGCUCCUCUGCUUGUGCUUCCUCUGCUUGCGCUUCCUCUGCUUGUGCUUCUCUGCUUGCGCUUCCUCUGCUUGUGCUUCCUCUCCUUGCGCUUCCUCUGCUUGCGCUUCCUCUACUUGCGCUUCCUCUGAUUGCGCUUCCUCUGCUUGCGCUUUCUCUGCUAAUGCUUCCUCUGCUUAUGCUUCCUCAGCUUGUGCUUCCUCUGCUUGCGCUUCCUCUGCUUGUGCUUCCUCUGCUUACGCUUCCUCUGCUUGCUCUUCCUGUGCUUGCGCUUCCUCUGCUUGCGCUUCCUCUGCUUGCGCUUCCUCUGCUUGCGCUUCCUCUGCUUGCGCUGCCUCUGCUUGCGCUUCCUCUGCUUGCGCUUUCUCUCCUUGGGCUCCUUUGCUUCUGCUUCCUCUGCUUGUGCUUCCUUUGCUUGCGCUUUCUCUGCUUGUGCUUCCUCUGCUUGUGCUUCCUCUGCUUGCGCUUCCUCUGCUUUUGCUUCCUUUGCUUGCGCUUCCUCUGCUUGCGCUUCUUCUGCUUGUGGUUCCUCUACUUGUGCUUCCUCUGCUUGUGCUUCCUCUACUUGCGCUUCCUCUGCUUGCGCUUCCUCUGCUUAUGCUCUUUGGUUGUGCUUCCUCUGCUUGUGCUUCCUCUUCUUGUGCUUCCUCUGCUUGCGCUUCCUAUGCUUGUGCUUCCUCUGCUUGUGCUUCCUCUACUUGGGCUCCUCUGCUUUUGCUUCCUCUGCUUGUGCUUCCUCUGCUUGUGCUUCCUCUGCUUGCGCUUCCUCUGCUUACGCUUCCUCUGCUUGCGCUUCCUCUGCUUGCGCUUCCUCUGCUUGCGCUACCUCUGCUUGUGCUUCCUCAGCUUGAUCUUCCUCUGCUUGCGCUUCCUCUGCUUGUGCUUCCUCUGCUUGGGCUCCUCUGCUUGUGCUUCCUCUGCUUGUGCUUCCUCUGCUUGUGCUUCCUCUGCUUGUGCUUCCUCUGCUUGUGCUUCCUCUGCUUGCGCUUCCUCUGCUUGCGCUUCCUCUGCUUGCGCUUCCUCUGCUUGCGCUUCCACUGCUUGUUCUUCCUCUGCUUGCGCUUCCUCUGCUUGCACUUCAUCUGCUUGUGCUCCUCUUCUUGCACUUCCUCUGCUUGCGCUUCCUAUGCUUGCGCUUCCUCUUCUUGCGCUUCCUCUGCUUACGCUUCCUCUGCUUGUGCUUCCUCUGCUUGCUCUUCCUUUGCUUACGCUUCCUCUGCUUGCGCUCCUCUGCUUGUGCUUCCUCUGCUUGUGCUUCCUCUGCUUGCGCUUCCUCUGCUUGUGCUUCCUCUGCUUGUGCUUCCUCUGCUUGUGCUUCCUUUGCUUGCGCUUCCUCUGCUUGCGCUCCUCUGCUUGACCUUCCUCUGCUUACGCUUCCUCUGCUUGCGCUCCUCUGCUUGUGCUUCCUCUGCUUGCGCUUCCUCUGCUUGUGCUUCCUCUGCUUGCGCUUCCUCUGCUUGUGCUUCCUCUGCUUUUGUGCUUCCGCUGCUUGUGCUUCCUCUGCUUGUGCUUCCUCUGCUUGCGCUUCCUCUGCUUGCGCUUCCUCUGCUUGCGCUUCCUCUACAUGCGCCUCCUCUGCUUGGGCUCCUCUGCUUGUGCGUCCUCUGCUUGUGCUUCCUCUGCUUGCGCUUCCUCUACUUGUGCUUCCUCUGCUUGUGCUUCCCCUGCUUGCGCUUCCUCUGCUUGCGCUUCCUCUGCUUGCACUUCCUCUGCUUGUGCUUCCUCUGCUUGCGCUUCCUCUGCUUGUGCUUCCUCUAUUUGCGCUUCCUCUGCUUGCGCUUCCUCUAUUUGCGCUUCCUCUUCUUGCGCUUCCAUUGCUUACGCUUCCUCUGCUUGUGCUUCCUCUGCUUGCUCUUCCUUUGCUUACGCUUCCUCUGCCUGCGCUCCUCUGCUUGUGCUUCCUCUGCUUGUGCUUCCUCUGCUUGCGCUUCCUCUGCUUGUGCUUCCUCUGCUUGCGCUUCCUCUGCCUGCGCUUCCUCUGCUUGCGCUUCCUCUGCUUGCGCUUCCUCUGCUUGCGCUUCCUCUGCUUGCGCUUCCUCUGCUUGGGCUCCUCUGCUUGUGCUUCCUCUGCUUGUGCUUCCUCUGCUUGCGCUUCCUCUGCUUGUGCUUCUUCUGCUUGUGCUUCCUCUCCUUGCGCUUCCCCUGCUUGUGCUUCCUCUGCUUGCGCUUCCUCUGCUUGCGCUUCCGCUGCUUGUGCUUCCUCUGCUUGUGCUUCCUCUGCUUGUGCUUCCUCUGCUUGCGUUUCCUCUGCUUAAGCUUCCUCUGCUUGCGCUUCCUCUGCUUGCGCUCCUCUGGUUGUGCUUCCUCUGCUUGUGCUUCCUCUGCUUGCGCUUCCUCUGCUUGUGCUUCCUCUGCUUUCGCUUCUUCUGCUUGUGCUUCCUCUGCUUGCGCUUCCUCUGCUUGCGCUCCUCUGCUUGUGCUUCCUCUGCUUGUGCUUCCUGCUUGUGCUUCCUCUGCUUGCGCUUCCUCUGCUUGUGCUUCCUCUACUUGCGCUUCCUCUGCUUGCGCUUCCUCUGCUUGCGCUUCCUCUUCUUGCGCUUCCUCUGCUUACGCUACCUCUGCUUGUGCUUCCUCUGCUUGCUCUUCCUUUGCUUACGCUUCCUCUUCUUGCGCUCCUCUGCUUGUGCGUUCUCUGCUUGUGCUUCCUCUGCUUGCGCUUCCUCCGCUUGUGCAUCCUCUACUUGCGCUUCCUCUGCUUGUGCUUCCUCUGCUUGCGCUUCCUCUGCUUGCGCUUCCUCUGCUUGUGCUUCCUCUACUUGCGCUUCCUCUUCUUGCGCUUCCUGUGCUUACGCUUCUUCUGCUUGUGCUUCCUCUGCUUGCUCUUCCUUUGCUUACGCUUCCUCUGCCUGCGCUUCUCUGCUUGUGCUUCCUCUGCUUUUGCUUCCUUUGCUUGUGCUUCCUCUGCUUGUGCUUCCUUUGCUUACACUUCCUCAGCUUGCGCUCCUCUGCUUGUGCUUCCUCUGCUUGUGCUUCCUCUGCUUGCGCUUCCUUUGCUUGUGCAUCCUCUACUUGCGCUUCCUCUGCUUGUGCUUCCUCUGCUUGCGCUUCCUCUGCUUGCGCUCCUCUGCUUGUGCUUCCUCUGCUUGUGCUUCCUGCUUGUGCUUCCUCUACUUGCGCUUCCUCUGCUUGUGCUUUCUCUACUUGCACUUCCUCUGCUUGCGCUUCCUGUGCUUGCGCUUCCUCUUCUUGCGCUUCCUGUGCUUACGCUUCCUCUGCUUGUGCUUCCUCGGCUUGCUCAUCCUUUGCUUACGCUUCCUCUGCCUGCGCUCCUCUGCUUGUGCUUCCUCUGCUUGUGCUUCCUUUGCUUGCGUUUCCUCUGCUUGUGCUUCCUCUACUUGCGCUUCCUCUGCUUGUGCUUCCUCUGCUUGCGCUUCCUCUGCUUGCGCUCCUCUGCUUGUGCUUCCUCUGCUUGCGAUUCCUCUGCUUGCGCUUCCUCUGCUUGCGCUUCCUCUGCUUGCGCUUCCUCUGCUUCCGCUUCCUCUGCUUGCGCUUCCUCUGCUUGCGCUUCCUCUGCUUGCGCUUCCCCUGCUUGCGCUUCCUCUGCUUGCGCUUCCUCUGCUUGCGCUUCCUUUGCUUGCGUUUCCUCUGCUUGCGCUUCCUAUGCUUGCGCUUCCUCUGCUUGGGCUCCUUUGCUUGUGCUUCCUCUACUUGUGCUUCCUUUGCUUGUGCUUCCUCUGCUUCUGCUUCCUCUGCUUGUGCUUCCUCUGCUUGUGCUUCCUCUGCUUGUGCUUCCUCUGCUUGUGCUUCCUCUGCUUGUGCUUCCUCUGCUUGUGCUUCCUCUUCUUGUGCUUCCUCUGCUUGCGCUUCCUUUGCUUGCGCUCCUGUGCUCCUGCUUCCUCUGCUUGUGCUUCCUGCUUGUGCUUCCUCUGCUUGCGCUUCCUCUGCGCUUCCUCUGCUUGCGCUUCCUCUGCUUGCACUUCCUCUGAUUGCGCUUCCUCUUCUUGCGCUUCCUCAGCUUAUGCUUCCUCUGAUUCUGCUUCCUUAUCUUGCUCUUCCUUUGCUUACGCUUCCUCUGCUUGCGCUCCUCUGCUUGUGCUUCCUCUGCUUGUGCUUCCUUUCCUUGCAAUUCCUCUGCUUGUGCUUCCUCUGCUUGCGCUUCCUCUGCUUGCGCUCCUCUACUUGUGCUUCCUCUGCUUGUGCUUCCUGCUUGUGCUUCCUCUGCUUGUGCUUCCUCUGCUUGUGCUUCCUCUACUUGCGCUUCCUCUUCUUGCGCUUCCUUUGCUUGCGCUUCCUCCUCUUACGCUUCCUCUGCUUGUGCUUCCUCUGCUUGCUCUUCCUUUGCUUACGCUUCCUCAGUUUGCGCUCCUCUUCUUGUGCUUCCUCUGCUUGUGCGUCCUCUACUUGUGCUUCCUCUGCUUGUGCUUCCUCUACUUGCGCUUCUUCUGCUUGUGCUUCCUCUGCUUGUGCUUCCUCUUCUUGCGCUCCUCUGCUUGUGCUUCCUCUCCUUGCGAUUCCUCUGCUUGCGCUUCCUCUGCCUUCGCUUCCUCUACUUGCGCUCCUCUGCUUGUGCUUCCUCUGCUUGUGCUUCCUCUGCUUGCUCUUCCUUUGCUUACGCUUCCUCUGCCUGCGCUCCUCUGCUUAUGCUUCCUCUGCUUGUGCUUCCUAUGCUUGCGCUUCCUCUGCUUGUGCUUCCUCUACUUGCACUUCCUCUGCUUGUGCUUCCUCUUCUUGUGCUUCCUCUACUUGCGCUCCUCUGCUUGUGCUUCCUUUGCUUGCGCUUCCUCUGCUUGCGCUUCCUAUGCUUGCGCUUCUUCUGCUUGGGCUCCUUUGCUUGUGCUUCCUCUGCUUGUGCUUCCUUUGCUUGUGCUUCCUCUGCUUGUGCUUCCUCUGCUUGUGCUUCCUUUGCUUGUGCUUCCUCUGCUUGUGCUUCCUCUGCUUGCGCUUCCUCUGCUUGUGCUUCCUCUGCUUGCGUUUCCUUUGCUUGCGCUCCUCUGCUCCUGCUUCCUCUGCUUGUGCUUCCUGCUUGUGCUUCCUCUGCUUGCGCUUCCUCUGCUUACGCUUCCUCUGCUUGCGCUUCCUCUUCUUGUGCUUCCUCUGCUUGCGCUUCCUCUGCUUGCGCUCCUCUGCUUGUGCUUCCUCUGCUUGCGAUUCCUCUGCUUGCGCUUCCUCUGCUUGCGCUUCCUCUGCUUGCGCUUCCUCUGCUUCCGCUUUUUCUGCUUGCGCUUCCUCUGCUUGCGCUUCCUCUGCUUGCGCUUCCUCUUCUUGCGCUUCCUUUGCUUGCGCUUCCUCUGCUUGCGCUUCCUAUGCUUGCGCUUCCUCUGCUUGGGCUUAGUUGCUUGUGCUUCCUCUGCUUGUGCUUCCUUUGCUUGUGCUUCCUCUGCUUGUGCUUCCUCUGCUUGUGCUUCCUCUGCUUGUGCUUCCUCUGCUUGCGCUUCCUUUGCUUGCACUCCUCUGCUCGUGCUUCCUCUGCUUGUGCUUCCUGCUUGUGCCUCCUCUGCUUGCGCUUCCUCUGCGCUUCCUCUGCUUGCGCUUCCUCUGCUUGCACUUCCUCUGCUUGUGCUUCCUCUUCUUGUGCUUCCUCUACUUGCGCUCCUCUGCUUGUGCUUCCUUUGCUUGCGCUUCCUCUGCUUGCGCUUCCUAUGCUUGCGCUUCCUCUGCUUGGGCUCCUUUGCUUGUGCUUCCUCUGCUUGUGCUUCCUUUGCUUGUGCUUCCUCUGCUUGUGCUUCCUCUGCUUGUGCUUCCUCUGCUUGUGCUUCCUCUGCUUGUGCUUCCUCUGCUUGCGCUUCCUCUGCUUGUGCUUCCUCUGCUUGUGCUUCCUUUGCUUGCGCUCCUCUGCUCCUGCUUCCUCUGCUUGUGCUUCCUGCUUGUACUUCCUCUGCUUGCGCUUCCUCUGCUUACGCUUCCUCUGCUUGCGCUUCCUCUGCUUGCACUUCCUCUGCUUGCGCUUCCUCUUCUUGCGCUUCCUCAGCUUAUGCUUCCUCUGAUUGUGCUUCCUCAUCUUGCUCUUCCUUUGCUUACGCUUCCUCUGCUUGCGCUCCUCUGCUUGGGCUUCAUCUGCUUGUGCUUCCUUUCGUUGCAAUUCCUCUGUUUUUGCUUCCUCUGCUUGCGCUUCCUCUGCUUGCGCUCCUCUACUUGUGCUUCCUCUGCUUGUGCUUCCUGCUUGUGCUUCCUCUACUUGUGCUUCCUCUGCUUGUGCUUCCUCUACUUGCGCUUCCUCUGCUUGCGCUUCCUUUGCUUGCGCUUCCUCCUCUUGCGCUUCCUCUGCUUAUGCUUCCUCUGCUUGUGCUUCCUCUGCUUGCUCUUCCUUUGCUUACGCUUCCUCAGCCUGCGCUCCUCUUCUUGUGCUUCCUCUGCUUUUGCGUCCUCUACUUGCGCUUCCUCUGCUUGUGCUUCCUCUACUUGCGCUUCUUCUGCUUGUGCUUCCUCUGCUUGUGCUUCCUGUGCUUGCGCUCCUCUGCUUGUGCUUCCUCUGCUUGCGAUUCCUCUGCUUGCGCUUCCUCUGCUUUCGCUUCCUCUACUUGCGCUCCUCUGCUUGUGCUUCCUCUGCUUGUGCUUCCUCUGCUUGCUCUUCUUUUGCUUACGCUUCCUCUGCCUGCGCUCCUCUGCUUAUGCUUCCUCUGCUUGUGCUUCCUCUGCUUGCGCUUCCUCUGCUUGUGCUUCCUCUACUUGCACUUCCUCUGCUUGUGCUUCCUCUUCUUGUGCUUCCUCUACCUGCGCUCCUCUGCUUGUGCUUCCUCUGCUUGUGCUUCCUCUGCUUGUGCUUCCUCUUCUUGUGCUUCCUCUGCUUGCGCUUCCUCUGCUAUCGCUUCCUCUGGUUGUGACUCCUCUGCUUGCGCUUCCUCUACUUGCGCUUCCUCUACUUGCGCUUCCUCUGCUUGGGCAUCCUCUGCUUGCGCUUCCUCUGCUUGCACUUCCUCUGCUUGCGCUUCCUCUUCUUGCGCUCCUCUGCUUGUGCUUCCUCUGCUUGUGCUUCCUCUGCUUGCGCUUCCUCUGCUUGUGCUUCUUCUGCUUCCGCUUCCUCUACUUGUGCUUCCUCUGCUUGCGCUUCCUUUGCUUGUUCUUCCUCUUCUUGUGCUUCCUCUUCUUGCGCUUCCUCUGCUAGUGCUUCCUCUGCUUACACUUCCUCUGCUUGCGCUUCCUCUUCUCGCGCUUCCUCUGCUUGUGCUUCCUUUGCUUGUGCUUCCUCUGCUUGUGCUUCCUCAACUUGUGCUUCCUCUGCUUGCGCUUCCUCUGGUUGUGACUCCUCACGUUCCGCUUCCUCUGCUUGCGCUUUCUCUGCUUGUGCUUCCUCUUCUUGCCCUUCCUCUGCUUGCCCUUCCUCUGCUUGCGCUCCUCUGCUUGUGCUUCCUCUGCUUGUGCUUCCUCUGCUUGCGCUUCCUCUGCUUGUGCUUCCUCUACUUACGCUUCCUCUGCUUGCGCUUUUUCUGCUCACGCUUCCUCUGCUUGUGCUUCCUCUGCUUGUGCUUCCUCUGCUUGUGCUUCCUCAACUUGCGCUUCCUCUGCUUGCGCUUCCUCUGCUUCCGCUUCCUUUGCUUGUUCUUCCUCUGCUUGUGCUUCCUCUGCUUGUGCUUCCUGCUUGUGCUUCCUCUACUUGUGCUUCCUCUGCUUGUGCUUCCUCUACUUGCGCUUCCUCUGCUUGCGCUUCCUUUGCUUGCGCUUCCUCCUCUUGCGCUUACUCUGCUUACGCUUCCUCUGCUUGUGCUUCCUCUGCUUGCUCUUCCUUUGCUUACGCUUCCUCAGCCUGCGCUCCUCUGCUUGUGCUUCCUCUGCUUGUGCGUCCUCUACUUGCGCUUCCUCUGCUUGUGCUUCCUCUACUUGCGCUUCUUCUGCUUGUGCUUCCUCUGCUUGUGCUUCCUCUGCUUGCGCUCCUCUGCUUGUGCUUCCUCUGCUUGCGAUUCCUCUGCUUGCGCUUCCUCUGCUUUCGCUUCCUCUACUUGCGCUCCUCUGCUUGUGCUUCCUCUGCUUGUGCUUCCUCUGCUUGCUCUUCCUUUGCUUACGCUUCCUCUGCCUGCGCUCCUCUGCUUAUGCUUCCUCUGCUUGUGCUUCCUCUGCUUGCGCUUCCUCUGCUUGUGCUUCCUCUACUUGCACUUCCUCUGCUUGUGCUUCCUCUUCUUGUGCUUCCUCUACUUGCGCUCCUCUGCUUGUGCUUCCUCUACUUGUGCUUCCUCUGCUUGUGCUUCCUCUUCUUGUGCUUCCUCUGCUUGCGCUUCCUCUGCUUUCGCUUCCUCUGGUUGUGACUCAUCUGCUUGUGCUUCCUCUACUUGCGCUUCCUCUACUUGCGCUUCCUCUGCUUGGGCAUCCUCUGCUUGCGCUUCCUCUGCUUGCACUUCCUCUGCUUGCGCUUCCUCUUCUUGCGCUCCUCUGCUUGUGCUUCCUCUGCUUGUGCUUCCUCUGCUUGCGCUUCCUCUGCUUCUGCUUCCUCUGCUUACGCUUCCUCUGCUUGCGCUUCCUCUGCUCACGCUUCCUCUGCUUGUGCUUCCUCUGCUUGUGCUUCCUCUGCUUGUGCUUCCUCAACUUGCGCUUCCUCUGCUUGCGCUUCCUCUGGUUGUGACUUCUCAGCUCCCGCUUCCUCUGCUUGUAUUUCCUCUGCUUGUGCUUCCUCUUCUUGCGCUUCCUCUGUUUGCGCUUCCUCUGCUUGCGCUCCUCUGCUUGUGCUUCCUCUGCUUGUGCUUCCUUUGCUUGCGUUUCCUCUGCUUGUGCUUCUUCAGCUUCCGCUUCCUUUGCUUGUUCUUCCUCUGCUUGUGCUUCCUUUCGUUGCAAUUCCUCUGUUUUUGCUUCCUCUGCUUGCGCUUCCUCUGCUUGCGCUCCUCUACUUGUGCUUCCUCUGCUUGUGCUUCCUGCUUGUGCUUCCUCUACUUGUGCUUCCUCUGCUUGUGCUUCCUCUACUUGCGCUUCCUCUGCUUGCGCUUCCUUUGCUUGCGCUUCCUCCUCUUGUGCUUCCUCUGCUUAUGCUUCCUCUGCUUGUGCUUCCUCUGCUUGCUCUUCCUUUGCUUAAGCUUCCUCAGCCUGCGCUCCUCUGCUUGUGCUUCCUCUGCUUGUGCGUCCUCUACUUGCGCUUCCUCUGCUUGUGCUUCCUCUACUUGCGCUUCUUCUGCUUGUGCUUCCUCUGCUUGUGCUUCCUGUGCUUGCGCUCCUCUGCUUGUGCUUCCUCUGCUUGCGAUUCCUCUCCUUGCGCUUCCUCUGCUUUCGCUUCCUCUACUUGCGCUCCUCUGCUUGUGCUUCCUCUGCUUGUGCUUCCUCUGCUUGCUCUUCUUUUGCUUACGCUUCCUCUGCCUGCGCUCCUCUGCUUAUGCUUCCUCUGCUUGUGCUUCCUCUGCUUGCGCUUCCUCUGCUUGUGCUUCCUCUACUUGCACUUCCUCUGCUUGUGCUUCCUCUUCUUGUGCUUCCUCUACUUGCGCUCCUCUGCUUGUGCUUCCUCUGCUUGUGCUUCCUCUGCUUGUGCUUCCUCUUCUUGUGCUUCCUCUGCUUGCGCUUCCUCUGCUAUCGCUUCCUCUGGUUGUGACUCCUCUGCUUGCGCUUCCUCUACUUGCGCUUCCUCUACUUGCGCUUCCUCUGCUUGGGCAUCCUCUGCUUGCGCUUCCUCUGCUUGCACUUCCUCUGCUUGCGCUUCCUCUUCUUGCGCUCCUCUGCUUGUGCUUCCUCUGCUUGUGCUUCCUCUGCUUGCGCUUCCUCUGCUUGUGCUUCUUCUGCUUCCGCUUCCUCUACUUGUGCUUCCUCUGCUUGCGCUUCCUUUGCUUCUCCCGCUUCCUCUGCUUGCAUUUCCUCUGCUUGUGCUUCCUCUUCUUGCGCUUCCUCUGUUUGCGCUUCAUCUGCUUGCGCUCCUCUGCUUGUGCUUCCUCUGCUUGUGCUUCCUCUGCUUGCGUUUCCUCUGCUUGUGCUUCUUCAGCUUCCGCUUCCUUUGCUUGUUCUUCCUCUGCUUGUGCUUCCUCUGCUUGUGCUUCCUGCUUGUGCUUCCUCUACUUGUGCUUCCUCUGCUUGUGCUUCCUCUACUUGCGCUUCCUCUGCUUGCGCUUCCUUUGCUUGCGCUUCCUCCUCUUGCGCUUCCUCUGCUUACGCUUCCUCUGCUUGUGCUUCCUCUGCUUGCUCUUCCUUUGCUUACGCUUCCUCAGCCUUCGCUCCUCUGCUUGUGCUUCCUCUGCUUGCGAUUCCUCUGCUUGCGCUUCCUCUGCUUUCGCUUCCUCUACUUGCGCUCCUCUGCUUGUGCUUCCUCUGCUUGUGCUUCCUCUACUUGCUCUUCCUUUGCUUACGCUUCCUCUGCCUGCGCUCCUCUGCUUAUGCUUCCUCUGCUUGUGCUUCCUCUGCUUGCGCUUCCUCUGCUUGUGCUUCCUCUACUUGCACUUCCUCUGCUUGUGCUUCCUCUUCUUGUGCUUCCUCUACUUGCGCUCCUCUGCUUGUGCUUCCUCUACUUGUGCUUCCUCUGCUUGUGCUUCCUCUUCUUGUGCUUCCUCUGCUUGCGCUUCCUCUGCUUUCGCUUCCUCUGGUUGUGACUCCUCUGCUUGUGCUUCCUCUACUUGCGCUUCCUCUACUUGCGCUUCCUCUGCUUGGGCAUCCUCUGCUUGCGCUUCCUCUGCUUGCACUUCCUCUGCUUGCGCUUCCUCUUCUUGCGCUCCUCUGCUUGUGCUUCCUCUGCUUGUGCUUCCUCUGCUUGCGCUUCCUCUGCUUGUGCUUCCUCUGCUUACGCUUCCUCUGCUUGCGCUUCCUCUGCUCACGCUUCCUCUGCUUGUGCUUCCUCUGCUUGUGCUUCCUCUGCUUGUGCUUCCUCAACUUGCUCUUCCUCUGCUUGCGCUUCCUCUGGUUGUGACUUCUCAGCUCCCGCUUCCUCUGCUUGCAUUUCCUCUGCUUGUGCUUCCUCUGUUUGCGCUUCCUCUGCUUGCGCUCCUCUGCUUGUGCUUCCUCUGCUUGUGCUUCCUUUGCUUGCGUUUCCUCUGCUUGUGCUUCUUCAGCUUCUGCUUCCUUUGCUUGUUCUUCCUCUGCUUGUGCUUCCUCUGCUUGCGCUUCCUCUGCUUGCGCUUCCUAUGCUUGCGCUUCCUCUGCUUGGGCUCCUUUGUUUGUGCUUCCUCUGCUUGUGCUUCCUUUGCUUGUGCUUCCUCUGCUUGUGCUUCCUCUACUUGUGCUUCCUCUGCUUGUGCUUCCUCUGCUUGUGCUUCCUCUGCUUGCGCUUCCUCUGCUUGUGCUUCCUCUGCUUGCGCUUCCUUUGCUUGCGCUCCUCUGCUCCUGCUUCCUCUGCUUGUGCUUCCUGCUUGUGCUUCCUCUGCUUGCGCUUCCUCUGCUUACGCUUCCUCUGCUUGCGCUUCCUCUGCUUGCACUUCCUCCGCUUGCGCUUCCUCUUCUUACGCUUCCUCAGCUUAUGCUUCCUCUGAUUGUGCUUCCUCAUCUUGCUCUUCCUUUGCUUACGCUUCCUCUGCUUGCGCUCCUCUGCUUGUGCUUCCUCUGCUUGUGCUUCCUUUCCUUGCAAUUCCUCUGCUUCUGCUUCCUCUGCUUGCGCUUCCUCUGCUUGCGCUCCUCUACUUGUGCUUCCUUUGCUUGUGCUUCCUCUGCUUGUGCUUCCUCUGCUUGUGCUUCCUCUACUUGCGCUUCCUCUGCUUGCGCUUCCUUUGCUUGCGCUUCCUCCUCUUGCGCUUCCUCUGCUUACGCUUCCUCUGCUUGUGCUUCCUCUGCUUGCUCUUCCUUUGCUUACGCUUCCUCAGCCUGCGCUCCUCUGCUUGUGCUUCCUCUGCUUGUGCGUCCUCUACUUGCGCUUCCUCUGCUUGUGCUUCCUCUACUUGGGCUUCUUCUGGUUGUGCUUCCUCUGCUUGUGCUUCCUUUGCUUGCGCUCCUCUGCUUGUGCUUCCUCUGCUUGCGAUUCCUCUGCUUGCGCUUCCUCUGCUUUUGCUUCCUCUACUUGCGCUCCUCUGCUUGUGCUUCCUCUGCUUGUGCUUCCUCUGCUCGCUCUUCCUUUGCUUACGCUUCCUCUGCCUGCGCUCCUCUGCUUAUGCUACCUCUGCUUGUGCUUCCUCUGCUUGCGCUUCCUCUGCUUGUGCUUCCUCUACUUGCACUUCCUCUGCUUGUGCUUCCUCCUCUUGUGCUUCCUCUACUUGCACUUCUCUGCUUGUGCUUCCUCUGCUUGCGAUUCCUCUGCUUGCGCUUCCUCUUCUUGAGCUUCCUUUGCUUGCGCUCCUCUACUUGUGCUUCCUCUGCUUGCGCUUCCUCUGCUUGUGCUUCCUCUGCUUGCGCUUCCUCUGCUUGCGCUUCCUCUGCUUGCGCUUCCUCUGCUUGCGCUUCCUCUGCUUGUGCUCCUCUGCUUGCGCUUCCUCUGGUUGUGCUUCCUCUACUUGCGCUUCCUCUGCUUGCGCUUCCUCUCCUUGCGCUUCCUCUACUUGCGCUUCCUCUGCUUGCGCUCCUCUGCUUGUGCUUCCUCUGCUUGCGCUUUCUCUGCUUGUGCUUCCUGUGCUUGCGCCUCCUCUGCUUGUGCUUCCUCUGCUUGCCCUUCCUCUGCUUGCACUUCCUCUGCAUGCGCUUCCUCUGCUUGUGCUUCCUCUGCUUAUGCUUCCUCUGCUUGUGCUUCCUCUGCUUGCGCUUCCUCUGCUUGUGCUUCCUCUGCUUGCGCUUCCUCUGCUUGCGCUUCCUCUGCUUGCGCUUCCUCUGCUUGCGCUUCCUCUACUUGCGCUUCCUCUUCUUGCGCUUCCUCGCUUCCUUUGCUUGCACUUCCUCUGCUUGCGCUUCCUCUGUUGCGCUUCCUCUACUUGUGCUUCCUCUGCUUGCGCUUCCUCUUCUUGCGCUUCCUCUUCUUGCGCUUCCUCUACUUGCGCUUCCUCUGCUUGCGCUUCCUCUGCUUGCACUUCCUCUGCUUGCGCUUCCUUCGCUUGCGCUUCCUCUGCUUGCGCUUCUUCUGCUUGCGCUUCCUCCGCUUGGGCUCCUCUGCUUGUGCUUCCUUUGCUUGUGCUUCCUCUGCUUGCGCUUCCUCUGCUUGAGCUUCCUCUGCUUGUGCUUCCUCUGCUUGCGCUUCCUCUUCUUGUGCUUCCUCUGCUUGUGCUUCCUGUGCUUGUGCUUGCUCUGCUUGCGCUUCCUCUGCUUGUGCUUCCUCUUCUUGUGCAUCCUCUACUUGCGCUCCUCUUCUUGUGCUUCCUCCGCUUGUGCUUCCUCUGCUUGCGCUUCCUCUUCUUGUGCUUCGUCUGCUUGCGUUUCCUCUACUUGUGCUUCCUCUCCUUGCGCUUCCUUUGCUUGCGCUCCUCUGCUCCUGCUUCCACUGCUUGUGCUUCCUGCUUGUGCUUCCUCUGCUUGCGCUUCCUCUGCUUAUGCUUCCUCUGCUUGCGCUUCUUCUGCUUGCGCUUCCUCUUCUUGCGCUUCCUCAGCUUACACUUCCUCUGCUUGCGCUUCCUCUUCUUGUGCUUCCCCAUCUUGCUCUACCUUUUCUUACGCUUCCUCUGCUUGCGCUCCUCUGCUUGUGCUUCCUCUGCUUGUGCUUCCCCUGCUUGCGCUUCCUCUGCUUGUGCUUUCUCUCCUUGCGCUUCCUCUGCUUGUGCUUCCUCUGCUUGCGCUUCCUCUGCUUGCGCUCCUCUGCUUGUGCUUCCUUUGCUUGUGCUUCUUGCUUGUGCUUCCUCUGCUUGCGCUUCCUCUGCUUGUGCUUCCUCUACUUGCGCUUCCUCUGCUUGCGCUUCCUUUGCUUGCGCUUCCUCCUCUUGCGCUUCCUCUGCUUACGCUUCCUCUGCUUGUGCCUCCUCUGCUUGCUCUUCCUUUGCUUACGCUUCCUCAGCCUGCGCUCCUCUGCUUGUUCUUCCUCUGCUUGUGCUUCCUUUUCUUGCGCUUCCUCUGCUUGUGCUUCCUCUACUUGCGCUUCCUCUGCUUGUGCUUCCUCUGCUUGUGCUUCCUCUGCUUGCGCUCCUCUGCUUGUGCUUCCUCUGCUUGCGAUUUCUCUGCUUGCGCUUCCUCUGCUUGUGCUUCCUCUACUUGCGCUCCUCUGCUUGUGCUUCUUCUGCUUGUGCUUCCUCUGCUUGCUCUUCCUUUUCUUACGCUUCCUCUGCCUACGCUCCUCUGCUUGUGCUUCCUCUGCUUGUACUUCCUCUUCUUGCGCUUCCUCUGCUUGUGCUUCCUCUACUUGCGCUUCCUCUGCUUGUGCUUCCUCAGCUUGUGCUUCCUCUGCUUUCGCUCCUCUGCUUGUGCUUCCUCUGCUUGCGAUUCCUCUGCUUGCGCUUCCUCUUCUUGAGCUUCCUCUGCUUGCGCUCCUUUGCUUGUGCUUCCUCUGCUUGCGCUUCCUCUGCUUGUGCUUUCUCUGCUUGCACUUCCUUUGCUUGCGCUUCCUCUGCUUGUGCUCCUUUGCUUGUGCUUCCUCUGCUUGUGCUUCCUCUGCUUGCGCUUCCUCUUCUUGCGCUUCCUCUCCUUGUGCUUCCUCUGCUUGCGCUUCCUCUGCUUGCGCUCCUCUACUUGUGCUUCCUCUGCAUGCGCUUUCUCUGCUUGUGCUUCCUGUGCUUGCGCCUCCUCUGCCUGUGCUUCCUCUGCUUACACUUCCUCUGCUUGAGCUCCUCUGGUUUUGCUUCCUUUGCUUGUGCUUCCUCUGCUUGCGCUUCCUCUGCUUGUGCUUCCUCUGCUUGCGCUCCUCUGCUUGUGCUUCCUCUACUUGUGCUUCCUCUGCUUGCGCUUCCUCUGCUUGCGCUUCCUCUGCUUGCGCUCCUCUGCUUGUGCUUCCUCUUCUUGUGCUUCCUCUGCUUGCGCUUCCUCUGCUUGUGCUUCCUUUGCUUGCGCUUCUCUGCUUGUGCUUCCUCUACUUGUGCUUCCUAUGCUUGCGCUUCCUCUGCUUGCGCUUCCUCUGCUUGCGCUCCUCUGCUUGUGCUUCCUCUUCUUGUGCUUCCUCUGCUUGCGCUUCCUCUGCUUGUGCUUCCUCUGCUUGCGCUUCCUCUGCUUGCAAUUCCUCUGCUUGCGCUUCCUCUGCUUGUGCUUCCUCUACUUGCACUUCUUCUGCUUGUGCUUCCUUUGCUUGCGCUUCCUCUGCUUGCGCUUCCUCUGCUUGUGCUUUGUUCUUGUGCUUCCUCUGCUUGUGCUUCCUCUGCUUGUGUUUCCUCUGCUUGCGCUUCCUUUGCUUGCGCUUCCUCUGUUGCGAUUCCUCUGCUUGCGCUUCCUCUGCUUGCGCUUCCUCUGCUUGCGCUUCCUCUGCUUGUGCUCCUCUGCUUGCGCUUCCUCUGCUUGUGCUUCCUCUGCUUGCGCUUCCUCCUCUUGCGCUUCCUCUCCUUGCGCUUCCUCUGCUUGCGCUUCCUCUGCUUGCGCUUCUCUGCUUGUGCUUCCUCUGCUUGCGCUUCCUCUGCUUGCGCUCCUCUGCUUGUGCUUCCUCUGCUUGCGCUUUCUCCGCUUGUGCUUCCUGUGCUUGCGCCUCCUCUGCUUGUGCUUCCUCUGCUUGCGCUUCCUCUGCUUGCACUCCUCUGCUUGUGCUUCCUCAGCUUGUGCUUCCUCUGCUUACGCUUCCUCUGCUUGCGCUUCCUCUACUUGUGCUUCCUCAACUUGCGCUUCCUCAACUUGCGCUUCCUCAACUUGCGCUUCCUCUGCUUGCGCUUCCUCUACUUGCGCUUCCUAUGCUUGCGCUUCCUCUGCUUGCGCUUCCUCUGCUUGUGCUUCCUCUGCUUGGGCUCCUCUCCUUGUGCUUCCUAUGCUUGUGCUUCCUCUGCUUGCGCUUCCUCUACUUGUGCUUCUUCUGCUUGCGCUUCCUCUGCUUGA